GCCCCGGCACACGGAACCGCAGAAGCAAACCAAGAAACGAGCCAAGAUGCGUCGCGAGGGGAGGCAGCGAGGGUGGGUGCGCGUGUACGACCGCGAGCUGGUCGACCCGGAGGGCAAGCGCCGGGCGGCGCACGUCGUGGACGCCGACGGGCAGGCCGUGGUGGUGGCCAACGGCGGGUACGUCAGGGCGUCGCGGAGGCCGACCAACCACUCCAAGCCGGGCGGCAGCCGCGCGCUCGACGCGCUCUGCAGGAAGGCCCUCCGCGCGCUCGACGAGGAGGAGGAGGCGCCUCCGCCGCAGCCGGCCGCGCGGUACGGGUACUCGCCGGGAUGGUGGCCGCCGUCGUCGCCGCCGUCCCGGUACGGCGCCGUCGCGCAGAAGCAGCAAGCGCAGGUUCAGCCGGCGCGUUCGGGGGGAAAGGCGUCGUCCAAGGCGGGCCCGGGCCGCAACUUCAAGCACGGCAAGAUCAGCAAGACGUACUACCUCGACGAGGACGAGAUCGACUAUCUCUACAACUACGAUUCGUGAGCGGUCGGAAGCGGGGAGCUGCAUUGUGGCUUUUUUCUAUUUCUUUUUGGCGAAAUUCAGCGAGAGGAGUUGUAUGCUGGAUUAGACUCAAAUUCUUGUUAAGAUCACGAGUCUCUGACUCUUAAGUGUGUUUGUUGAUCUCGAAUUGAAGGGAUUUAUUUCGAGUAGUGGCAUCACGAGGCUUUUAUUUUAA